AUGUCUCCGCAGUAUGCCGAGGAGCUCGGAGCCUUUCAGCUUAAAGAUUACUUGUCCAGCUCGCCGCUGAGUGCCGCCCUGGUGGUCCAAAGCUCCUGGGCGCUGUUGGCCUUGGUCCCAGUGAAGAAUGGGACGAACUGGUGCCGCCUGCCGAGCCGAACUGGGCACACGUGGCUGCUGGCGCUCUUUUUGGCCGUGCUCUCCGUUGCCACGCACGCCAUGUGGUACAAGUCCUUCACUGGAACCACACCGGCCAUCAACACUUUGGUCUGGAACUUGGACAUCGUAGCCGCCUUGGUCCUGGAGGCCCUUGUGGCGUGGAAACCGCCCAAGUCCUCCGCUGUGCUGGGCAGUUUCCUCACCUUGUUGGGCGCCUUCUUAGCGGUGCGCUCGGGAAUGGCAGGAAACACGAUGUGGGGUUGCGCCCUAUGCCUCUUUGCAACAGUUCAAUAUUCUCUCUGUGCGAUCAUGACCGCCGAACUUCUGAUGGAUUGCCCACUUACAACGCUGCUGGCGUUGGAAGGAGUCAUGAGUCUAUUCACAUUGUUGGGAGUCUUAGCCAUGACCACACUUCUCGGAUCACCGUGGCCCGUCUUUCCGAGUUGGUCAGCGACGAUGUUCAUGGCGGUGGCCAACAUGAUGUUGAAUUUCGGGUGGUUGUCCUUCACCGUGCUCAUGGGCGCAGCACAAGCAGCACUGGCGGCCUGCCUCUCAAUGCCCAUUUCCUUGCUUUUGGAUGAGCUUUUGCUCCAUUCCUGGGCGAACCCGCUGGAGGUGCUGGGCAGCCUUCUGGCAAUUUUCGGCUUCAUCGUGAGCCUUCGUCCCCGUGGCCGCACCCGAACAGAUGUGGUGAAGCUUGAGGCGUGGGCUGGACAAGUUGUGUUCCCAAAUCGUCCUCAAGAAACACUUUAG